ACUGAUAUAGCGUAUGACGGGUGUAUUUGAUAUUAAUAGCCACACCUCCCUUCUUAUGACACGGAGAGGGCGGUGCUUAGCCUUCCGCCGAGUUCCAGCAGCUCGAGAGGCGCCGCGGAGAGUCCAACUGACGAUCGUGGCGGGCUGGUCGGGUGAUCAAGCCCUUCCAUCUCCGCUGGCGUCAGUGUGCAUUUUGUUUUUUCGUUGUUUCAGUGCUCACGAACGCUCACCGGAUGAGGUUUUUGUAGCACUUAACGGACAAGUUUCUACCAGAGGCGAGGAGACUUAGGAGCCGCCCGGAGAAUCCGAGACUAUGCCGGGAUCUGGUGGCGCUGCUGCGGCCAAAAGUUUACCAGAAGUCGGGCUACAUUCACACCAUCGUUAAUAUGGCGGAGCGCAGCGGCUGCGAUGUCCUCAGCAUCCCCGUGCCCAUGCGGCGCGGCGGCUCCGAGUCCAACCUGGACGUGGUGGACGGCGCGGGACACAUCGGCGUGGGGCUGGACUUCAGCAAGGGGGCGCUGGGCAUCGACAGCCUGCAGCAGAAGAUCCUCAAGGUGACGGAGCAGAUCAAGGUGGAGCAGACGGCGCGUGACGAGAACGUGGCCGAGUACCUGAAGCUGGUGAACAACGCCGACAAGCAGCAGGUGGCGCGCAUCCGCCAGGUGUUCGAGAAGAAGAACCAGAAGUCGGCCCACUCCAUCGCCCGGCUGCAGAGGAAGCUGGAGCAGUACCACCGCCGCAUGAAAGACAGCGAGGCCAACAGUAAGCACGGCCACCACAAGGACGCCACCAAGGAGUCUGGGGGCCACAGCAAGGAGGGCAGCCUGCGGGACGUCAGCUCCUCGGGGCGACACCCGGCCCUGGACAAAGUCAAGACCAUCGGGCCGGGCGUCUCGCUCUCGCCGCCGUUCUUCUUUAACAAGUCCCGUGGCUUCGCCAACCUCAUCCGAAACAAGUACGGCAGCGCCGACAACAUCGCUCACCUCAAGAGCAUGGAGGCGGGGUCCGGGCUGCAGGCGGAGGGCGCUGCCCGGGGCCUGAGCGGCAGCGCCACCACCGUCGCCAAGGCCAGCAAGUACCACAGCGACGACGAGUGCUCCACCGGGACGUCGGCCUCCGCCGAUUCCAACGGCAACCCGGCCGGGGGCUCUGCGGCAGGCUCGGGGGGCGCCGCCCGGUCGGACGCCAACGGGCGGCUGGGGGAGGUUCUGCAGAUGGUGCGUGAGGUCCGAGACGCUCAGGCCCAGCUGGCUGAGGACAUCGAGACUUUGAACGCACAGUUCAAACGAGACUACGGGUACUUCUCUCAGGUGAUGCAGGAGGAGAGAUACAGGUAUGAGCGACUUGAGGACCAGUUAAACGACCUGACCGAGCUCCACCAGCAUGAGACCAGCAACCUGAAGCAGGAGCUGGCCAGCAUCGAGGAGAAGGUGGCCUACCAGGCCUACGAGAGGGCCCGGGACAUCCAGGAGGUCCUGGAGUCGUGUCAGACCCGCGUGUCCAAACUGGAGCUCCAGCAGCAGCAGCAGCAGCAAACAGUCCAGCUGGAGAACGCCGACGCCAAGGUCCUCCUGGGGAAGUCCAUCAACAUCAUGCUGGCCAUCGCCACCGUCAUUCUGGUGUGCGUGUCCACGGCCGCCAAGUUCGCCGCCCCGCUGCUGCGUAGCCGCCUCCACCUGGCGCUCACCUGCGUGGGCGUGUCCUUCCUGGCGCUGCUGUGGAAGAACUGGGAACACUUGCAGUGCACCCUGGAGCGACUUCUGCUCCCGCACUGAGACUGGGGGUCACCGGGGGGGGGGGACUUUACACAUAGCCUUACACCAGCACUUGUUCGCGGUCACUUGCAUCCCAGGAAGAACCUCCACAAACGCUGUUGAGAGACGACGCCGUCCAACAAAGCUGAAGACCACGACGCUGCCUUCAGGGUGCAUGGGAAAAGACAAACGACACCAUCCCUCUUUUGUUAAUGUGAUGUUUUUUAUUGUCUUUUAUUUUGGAGAGCUAAUUUCCUGUCCUGAAAGCGUUGCCGCAUCACUUCUAAACACUGGACUCCAUGAAGCUUGAACUUGUGACCAACGCAACUUCCGUAAGGUUCACAGUUUUCCGUGUUGAUGUUUCCCCGCUCUUCUCGUGUGCGUCCACCGUCCACCUGCUCGUCCACCACUCUUUUGUUAAGAUUUAUUUUGACAUUUUGGGAAACAUAAUUACAUGUUAUGUAAGGAUUGCUGUGAUAUGUCGUGAUUACAGUGAUAGAGGCGUUUCUUCCUGUACGCUCCUGAUGGAAACUCACAGCUUGUGUGAGUCAGGAACUCAAGUGAAUCUCGAGUGAUUCAUCAUGAAGCGCAUGUGCAGAAACUUGCACUUGCGCAACUAAUUAGGCAAUGCUCGGCAAGCGCCCGUGAGUCAGUGAAACUCGAGUCUUCGAAAGUCUUAUUCGAGCACCUGUCAGUCAGUAAAACUCCAAUCUUUGUUGGGCACCCGUGAGUCAAAGAAAUUUGAGUCCUUGUUGAGUACUUGUGAGUCAGUGAAACUCAUCUUCGGCGAGCAUCCGUGAGUCAGUAAAGCUUGAGUCUUCGUCGAGCACCUCUGAGUCAUUGAAAUUGGAGUUUUUGUUGAGUACCCGUGAGUCUGUGAAACUCCAGUCAUCGUUGCGUGCCUGUGCGUCAGUGAUAUGAGUCUUUGUCGAGUACCUGUGAGACAGUAAGAUGCCAGUCUUCAUCAGGUACCUGUGAGUCAUUGAAACUUGUGUCUUUAAGUACCUGUAAGUCAGUAAAACUUCAUUCUUCGUCAAGUACCUGUGAGUCAUUGAAACUUGUGUCUUGGGGUACGUGUGGGUCAGUGAAACUCAAAUCUUUGUUGUGCACUCGUUUAUCAUUGAAACGUGAGUCUUUGUGUAUCUGUCAGUCAGUAAAAUGUCAUUCUUCGUCAGGUACCUGUGAGUCAUUGAAACUCGAGUCUUCAAGUACCUGUGAAUCAGUGAAACUCCAGUCGUCGUUGCGUACCCGUGAGUCCAUGAAACUUGAGUCCAAGUAUCUGUGAGUCAGUAAAACACCAGUCUUUGUCGAGCAUUUGUAAGUCAAAGUUUGAGUUUUCGUUGAGUACCCGUGAGUCAGUGAAACUCCACUCAUCAUCGAAUACCCAUGAGUCAGUGAAACUCAAGUCAUCAAGUACCUAUGAGACAGUAAAACGUCAGUCUACAUCAAGUACCUGUGAGUCAUUGAAACUCGCCUCUUUGAGUAUCUGUCAGUCAGUGAAACUCGAGUCUUUGAGUAUCCGUGAGUCAGUUAAACUUGAGUCUUUGAAGAAAUGAGUCAAUAAAACUCGUCUUUGUCGAGCAUUCGUGAGUGAGUUUUCGUUGAGCACCCGUGACUCAGUGAAACUCCGGUCAUCGAGUACCUGUGAGACAGUAAAACGUCAGUCUUCGUCAAGUACCUUUGAGUCAGUAAAACUCGAGUCUUGGAAUACCUGUAAGUGAAACUCCAGUCUUCGCCGAGUACCCAUGAGUCAGUGUAACUCGUGUCUUUGUCGAGUACCCGUGAGUCAGUGUAACUCUGUGCAGGAAUGGUCUUUGUUUCCCAAAUAGUCAAAAUCCCCCUUUUACAUUAAAGUUUGUGUACUGUUGUGCUAAUUUGACACGUUUGCACUGUUUUAUGGAACGUUUCAUGAUUUGCAGGUAAGAUGUGUGUUUUUAGAGAAUCCUGAUUAACUGCCUUUUUUGGGGGGGGUUGGGGGCUGUGACGUUACAAGCCACCUUGAAUGCAUGCGAUGCUGCGUUCAAUCGCAGUGGGAACAACGGCACAACCGGACGGUUCGAAGCAUUCCCAGCUGUGGAGGUUUAUAUAUUUAAUUCCCAACGAUUCCUCCGAGCCGUCUUUGCACUCCUGACUUGAAGAAAGUCAUUUUAGUGACUGGCAGGAUGAAGAUUUGUGUUCUUUUUAGUGGCCUUCGCCGCUUGAGUGGCGCUUGUUUUCCCCAUGCGACCUGAAUGCAGCAUGGCUGGAUGGACAGAAGGGGACUGUAGCGCUCUAACCAGGCAUCACUGUGACGAUUGACGCCUUCUCCGAUGCAGCUUCUCUUGGUUUUUCUGUCCCUUCUAUAAGCCAAAUAUCAAUUCAAAAGGCACUUUAGCCCUCCUAUAAGUAACACUUUCACUCGAACGUUUUUAACAACUGUCUCUUAUGUGUGCAUGUAAGCACGACUUGCUUUUUUUAAAAUGAGAAAAUAAAUGUUUUUUCCUAAUAAAUGCUCUUCAUGUGUUGUUUUCAUUAUACAGACAGACCGCUCUUC